UUCGUUUGUCACAACCAUUGUUUCUUCACAUAAAACAAUGGCUACUUUUUUUUACAGACAAAAGCAUUCUAGGCGGCGGUUAGCUGCGCUGAAUUUUCUGUCAAAUAUAUCACUUGAUGGUUCUGUUGAAGAUUCAAAAUUUGCCCCCUCUUCAAAACUUACCCUGCAAAGUGAUUCACUUGAAAAUGAAGGGAACACUAAAAAAGUAUCUAAAAAAUCUAGCCAAGCUAGUUUAUCCUUUAAUGACCACCAGAAGACUGAAUUAUUGUGUACAGUUAUGGUACAAGGAAAUGUCUGUAACAAUCAAACAACAAAUGCUGAUGUGAAACACAGUGCAUCAGUGAUGAAGGAAGAAAAAACUCAAAUGGAUGAAAAUGCUUUGAUAAAGAUGGAAAAUUCAGCAGUUUCUAUCAGAGAUAGAUCACCAACGGGAAACAGUAUGUUCAAGGCUCAAAAAGGAGCAACUUCAUCAAAUGCUAAUAUUUGUCAUGCAUCCAGCAUUCCUGGAACAACUUCAUUAGUACCACACUCUGAAAAGGCUUCAGUUGAUUUUUUUGAGUUUCCUACAGCAAGCUAUCUUUUUCCUAAUUCUACACGUAGCAGAAAGAUCUCUAGCAACACUUCAGAGAGUUCAUACUCACCAACAGGAUCAGGUGCAAAGGAGAAAGAAGUAAGGUUCUUAACAUCAGCUUAUGACUGGUCAAACCAAAUGACUGAUCAGAGACUAGUUCUGGUUACAUGCAAUUGCUCGCCAGUUGUUCUUUUUUCAACUUUACCGUUUUCGCGUAUCAGCAAGCUCUCGAGAGGAGAGUUUCGAAGUGAUAGUGGACGUCGCCGACAUCCGUCUUCAAGUACGCGGCCAGUAUCGUCAACAGAUUACCCAGAUCUGUACCAUUUACUUGGUUUGGCUAAACCGGGGGACGGACAAGUAGUAUCAUAUUGUCAGAUGUUGGUACCGUCGGGGAACGCUGGUCGUGAACUUAUUACCCCUCGAAGACUUCAUAUCUCAGAAGUUAAUCACUAUGAAAAUGACCGUGCAAGUAAAGUCUCAACUAUAUUCCGAUCUCAUGAUCGCCCACAUCACAUCCGGCCAUCCUCACCACUUCAAAUAGUGGAAAACAUGAAGAUUGACAAUGAAGAAUUGGGUCCUCAGACGUUUUCAAAUCUUGGGCAUUUCGGAUAUCAUCCCAGUCUUUUGGAUGACCCCGAAUUAAUCGCCGGUAAACAUAGUACAAGAAUAGCACUACUCACCUUUUCGUCAUACAUGACAUCGGUUAUCGAUUACGUAAAACCAUCUGAUCUUAAAAAAGAACUGAACGACAAAUUUCGCGAAAAAUUUCCUCAUAUUCAUCUAACUUUGAGUAAAAUUAGAAGCCUUAAACGAGAAAUGCGAAAAGUGGCAAAACAGGAUAGUGGAACAGGAACUGAUCUUCUUACAGUUGCCCAAUCAUAUGUGUUUUUUGAAAAACUUAUUUUACGUGGACUUGUGCAUAAGGGAAAUCGCAAGCUGUGUGCUGGUGCUACGCUUCUAUUGUCGGCAAAAAUGAAUGAUGUGAAAGGAGAUUCACUAAAAACACUUAUUGAGGAAAUUCAGAACAACUUUCGCAUCAGCAGGCGAGAAUUGUUUGCAUCAGAAUUCGCAGUACUUGUUGCUCUGGAGUUCAGCUUACACUCACCAACUUGGGAAAUUUUUUCACAUUAUCAGCGGCUUUUAUAUGACUCGUAAUUUAAACACCUGAAAUUACUUCUAACGACAAAAGUUUUUCCUUCUGUAACCCUUAGGAUUUUAAAAUCUUGAGUGUGCAACAGGCAAAAUUUCUGGUGUGAAUAGUAUGAUCUCAUUACAGCUGGGCAAGCGCAAUGCGGCCCUGCCGCUAUAAAAUCAUUGAUCGUUUUGCUAUCCAACACAUGUAUCAUACAAUUUACGUUAUAACUUAAAUGUAACUACCUACUUUUCUAACUGUAGUCUUAUUUCAACCAGUAUGAAAUGGUAUUCUCAAAUAGAAGGUGGCAACUCCAGAA